AUGUCUCGAGAGAUGGAAGAGCUCACCCAGACAAGGUUACAGAAGAUCUGGAUUCCACACAGCAGCGACAGCAGUGGGCUGCAGCGGAGGAGGGGCUCAACUAUACCCCAGUUUACCAAUUCCCCCACAAUGGUGAUUAUGGUGGGUUUACCAGCUCGAGGAAAGACUUACAUCUCUACGAAGCUCACCCGAUAUCUGAACUGGAUAGGAACACCAACUAAAGUGUUUAAUUUAGGCCAGUAUCGACGAGAGGCAGUUAGCUACAAGAACUACGAAUUCUUUCUUCCAGACAACAUGGAGGCCCUACUUAUCAGGAAGAGGUGUGCUCUGGCAGCCCUGAAGGAUGUCCAUGAUUAUCUCAGCCGUGAGGAAGGCCACGUUGCGGUUUUUGAUGCCACCAACACUACCAGAGAACGACGGUCGCUGAUUUUGCAGUUUGCUAAGGAACAUGGUUACAAGGUGUUUUUCAUUGAGUCCAUCUGUAAUGACCCUGGUAUCAUUGCAGAAAACAUCAAGCAAGUGAAACUCGGCAGCCCUGAUUACAUAGACUGUGACCGAGAAAAGGUUCUGGAAGACUUUCUGAAAAGAAUCGAAUGCUAUGAGCUCAAUUACCAACCCCUGGAUGAUGAACUGGACAGCCACCUGUCCUACAUCAAGAUCUUCGACGUGGGCACACGCUACAUGGUGAACCGAGUGCAGGACCACAUCCAGAGCCGCACAGUAUACUAUCUUAUGAACAUCCACGUCACACCCCGCUCCAUCUACUUAUGCCGGCAUGGUGAGAGUGAACUCAACCUCAGAGGCCGCAUUGGAGGUGACUCUGGCCUCUCAGCUCGGGGCAAGCAGUAUGCUUAUGCCCUGGCCAACUUCAUUCAGUCCCAGGGCAUCAGCUCCCUGAAAGUGUGGACCAGCCACAUGAAGAGGACGAUCCAGACAGCUGAGGCCCUGGGCGUCCCCUAUGAGCAGUGGAAGGCCCUGAAUGAGAUUGAUGCGGGUGUCUGUGAGGAGAUGACCUAUGAAGAAAUCCAGGAACAUUACCCCGAGGAAUUUGCACUACGGGACCAAGAUAAAUAUCGGUACCGCUAUCCCAAGGGAGAGUCCUACGAGGAUCUGGUUCAGCGGCUGGAGCCAGUUAUAAUGGAGCUAGAACGGCAGGAAAAUGUACUGGUCAUCUGCCAUCAGGCUGUCAUGCGGUGCCUCCUGGCCUACUUCCUGGAUAAGAGCUCAGAUGAGCUGCCGUAUCUCAAGUGCCCUCUGCACACAGUGCUCAAGCUCACACCUGUGGCUUAUGGAUGCAAAGUGGAGUCCAUCUACCUGAAUGUGGAGGCCGUAAACACACACCGAGAGAAGCCUGAGAAUGUGGACAUCACCCGAGAUCCUGAGGAAGCCCUGGACACUGUCCCUGCCCACUACUGA